UGGGGAUCCGUUAUGACAGCAGAGGGUCCGAAUACAGCGGCACCGAUGCAAAAAGAAAGAAGCGCCAAACGAUGAAAACUGUUCAAGUGGAAUUUUGUCGAAGACUACAUUUAAAGUUAUACAGGCUAACGUUUUAAGUCAUUCGCAAUUUUGAUAUAGAGGGAAGGCGAGGAUGAAGCGAAUGAAGGCGGCCUUGCAGGGAUUAUCAGAGGAGGAGUCGUUGCCUUCAUACGAGGAUUUUCAACCACUUGAAACUCGAGAGCAAGUGAAGAUGGUUGAGUCGUUUGAGAAGAGUCAUGCACUGCAGAAUGCUGUGUGGCGGGGCAUUUUUUCAAUUUUCCUUUUUAGUUUUGCUGGCUUCUUCAUCUAUUCAGCUCAUCGUCAAUCUUUGUCUCCCUGGGAUGUGAGAUAUCAUGCUUAUUUCAUGGACGAGGUUGAUUCCAGGACUGUGAUAAUUGCAGAUUGGAUGGCAGCUAUUUCUUUUUUAAUGGCUAUAGUUGGAUUGCUUUGGAAGUCAAAGUUUCAUGUAUAUUGGCUCCUAUCUUCAUCUGCAAUUGGGCUAUUGCUUGCUUGCUUUUGGAUGUAUCACAUGUUAAGGUUAUCAACAUUUCGGUGGGAUGUGAUAUGGCUACCAUUGGGCCCUCUUAGCUGUGGAGGACUAUGCGUUUAUGUUGACCGAUUGCUUUCAGAAGCACUAGAAGAUAUCAAGCGAUUACGUGCAUCCAUUUACCAUUUCAAAAGAAUCUGACGUUGGACAGCGAGAUCAUAAACAAUUAGGGAGUCGCUAGCCAAUUAAAAAGUAGAGCAAGGUUAUAUCAAGCCAAAAACUUUUACAUCCUUGUUCAUUUGCUACUCACGUUCUUAAAUGUUCAGAAACAAAUGCAAUUCAGCCUAGAGGAGGUAUUUUGACAUUAUAUUAUUUUGCUUUCUUGAAUGGAGAACCAAUUAGGCUUUGUCAUGGAAUUAAGUAAUCUAUCUUCAGUAUAUUUAAUUGUCGAGAUUUGUACAUCUAAAAAUUACAAAGUGCUUUUCCCAAAGGCAAUAGAUUUCAUAAAUUUCUUGUUA